UAAUGUCGUAUGCUAUAGAGGGCGCUCGCCGGACCUCAGAAAUCCAGAUGAUCGUGCACCAUAGCAACGCACAGUAAAACAACCCGAAAUAUUGAGGAGUAAAAAGAAAAAAGUAAGAUAUUAAAGGAUUGAGAGGUGAGACAACAUGGCGGAAGUACAGGCUGUCAGUCCUGCUGGUAGCCGAAGUAUGAUGGAACCCCGCCCACCCUCUCAGUCAGGUUCAAGAUCAUCAUCAAGGGUAGGAUUCACCGAGAGUGCUCACAGCAGACACAGUUCCGGGAGAAUCAAAUAUGUUCCAGCCCAUCGUCCACCUUCAAAUGCCAGGUCUACACCCUCAUCCACAGAGAGACCCGCUUCUGUCCGAUCCUUGAGGGAAAAGAAAGAACUGAACGAGUACCUAAGUCCAAUCGUCAAAACGGCUGUGAGGAGAUGGAAACGUUUCCACGAGCAGAAGGUGAUCGAGCGCUUCAAGGAGAGGCGGGAAUCCAAGAAGCAGCGUGUCAAGGAUAUCAAGGAAGAAAAGAAAAAGCUGGCUCGUCGCAUUCCCAUCGAUGCCUUAGCCGUUGAAUGGCUCAACAGAAAUGAAUUGACUGUGGAUGCUAGGGCUUAUUUACUGGAAAAACUGCUCCCCACCCUCAUCUUAGGCACUGAAAAGCUGCUCAUAGAGGCCGAGAGGCGGGACCUGACGGAGAAGAAUGAGGCAGAUCCAAAUUUCAAUCCUCUGAACUAUUUGGCACAAUACCUGAUGAGAAAUAACCCUCGUUAUAGCAACUUCCCAGAAGCUUCACCAUACAUCAGGGGAAUGCAAGAAGUCACAGAUGAAUUGAAGCAGUAUGUCUUUUCUUUUGAAGACAAUAGACUUGCCCGGGUCAAAGCAGAAACCAGGAGGAAACGUGAGCAGAUGGAGCGUACAGAAGCAUUGCAGACCCAGGAGAAGAGUCGUAGAUCUGCUCACAUCCGCAGGCAGUACAAGGAUUGGCUGCUGGACCCUGAAGGCAUGGUAGAGCAGAGGGCUAUUCAGAAUUCACUCACAUCCUUCAGAGAGGUCCUAGAAAACUUGCCAGAAGAAUUCAAGAAAGCAUCCGACUUCCUUGCAGAAUUGGAUAAAUUAGAUGCUAACGAAGAACAGUUUCAUGAGGAAGAGUUUGCACAGUAUCUCAAGAAGUACGUCCUGAAGUUGGCUCCUGAACUUUAUGAUUCACUCAUGAGCCACAUGGCGCAGUGUGCUGUUGCUUAUCGACAUGCUGCCGUGCUGGAGGCACGAAGGGAUAUUCUUCUGUCUCUCUUCACUGGUAUCGACAAUGCCGAUGUGGGCAUCCUCAACAGGCAUAGGGUGCUGGGACUCUUCGAGAACUUCUGGGAAAACGUGCCCUGGUCUAUCAAGCGUCAUUUGAGAAAUCCAAGGAAAUGGCCUGUAAUAGAGCUCAAUGAGACAGAUGAAACAGAGAGCAUUUUUUCUGUAGGGAGUUCCAUCUCCUCUGUGAAGACAAGCAGCAUAAAGGAGCUGGAGCCUGAGCCUGACGUACCCUCAGAGGGCGCUAUCCAGACGGAGGGUGAGGAGACGGUGACAGGAGAGGAUGGGGCAGCUCCAGCAGUGGUGGAAGGGGGAGAAGCUUCAGAAGAGGGGGCAAAGGAUGAGGUAAAACAAGAUGGAGAUGGUCCUGCUGUUGGUGAAGGGGAAGGUUCUAAGGAUGAGGGUGUGGCACCUGGUAAGGAGGGUGUGGUACCUGGUGAGGAGGGUGUGGCACCUGGGGAUGAGGGUGUGGCACCUGGUAAUGGUAGUGGGGAGAGUGCUGUGGAAGAGGGAGGGAAUGAAGUAGAGGGUGGGGCUACACCUGGAGAUGAAAGCAGUGCCAAAGAAGCGACGGUUGAGAACAAGGAGGCGACUGGAGAUGAAAAGGAAACUGUGGUGGAGGUAAAGAAAGAUACAGAAACACAGGACACAGAUGAACAGCAGGUAGAGUCAGAACCAGCCAAGGAGAAGAGUGGAGAUGGAGCUGGAAUAGGCAGUGAUGACAACCCCUCUGGAGUAACUGCUGAAGCAGGCAGUGAGGACAAACCCCCUGGAGAAACAGCUGAAGCAGGCAGUGAUGACAAACCCCCUGGAGUAAAUGCUGAAGCAGGCUGUGAUGAAAACCCCCCUGGAGAAACAGCUGAAGCAGGCAGUGAUGACAAGCCCCCUGGAGUAACUGCUGAAGCAGGCAGUGAUGACAAGCCCCCUGGAGAAACAGCUGAAGCAGGCAGUGAUGACAACCCCCCUGGAGAAACAGCUGAAGCAGGCAGUGAUGACAAGCCCCCUGGAGUAACUGCUGAAGCAGGCAGUGAUGACAAACCCCCUGGAGAAACAGCUGAAGCAGGCAGUGAUGACAAACCCCCUGGAGAAACGGCUGAAACCGGAGAAACAGCAAAAGCCGAAGACACAACAGGAACAGCAGCUAAUGGGGAUGCCCCUCCAGCAGAAGAGGCACCACCAGAUGGUGCUCCCCAAGAGGAAGCCAAGACAAAGGCCGGGGGAGAUGAAAGUGUCGUCCCAGAGAUUGUGGUGUCGGAUGAUGCACAGAAACCGGUGGAGGAAUCAGAACAACCUCAGGAGACUGCAGAGUCCGUCCAACCAGAAGAACCUGCACCUGCAGCAGAGACUGCAGAGGGUGCUGCAACAGAGCCGCAGCCCCAGGAGCAGGAGCCGCCUGCAGCAGGUGCAGCAGAUGCAGAGGCCGCUCCUACAGAGGCCGCUCCUGCAGAGGCCACACCUGGAGAGGCAGCUCCUGCAGAUAGUGCUCCAGUAGAGGCUGUACCUGCAGAAGGAGAGAAGAAAGAGGCUGAAGAUGUGGCAAGUGGUGAUCAGGCUGCUAACAGUGCCGAGGAGGCUAAAGCUGGGGAAGACAAAUCGCAAGAGCUAACAUCCUCAGCCAAAGAGAGAGGUAAUUUACUACCCACAACAGCCAAUACCCAAACGGGCCGUUCUACCAGUGUGUCUUUCCGUGAGGAUGCUAUCAAACUCAAAGAAGAGAAAGCUGAUAGUGAAGAUGGACCCAAGAGUCCUGUGAAGACGCCCACUGUCCGUAGCGGCUCAAGGACGGGUAGUGUCUUUGACGAGAGCGCUCUCAACUCUUCCCAGUUUGUGCAGCUUGUGGAGCUGUUCCUGGGCGAGGAUUCCCCUCAGUACGCCGUCGACGCCCUGGUCAAGUUCAUCACCGAGGGUUACGUGGAGACGGAGCAGGAGAAAUUCCUUCGAUUACAGCAGGCGAGGCGGGAGGCAGAGUCUGUCAAACGACGUCAGAUGGUGGAUCAACUCUUUGACAAGUGGGACAAUGAUGGAUCCGGCUACCUGGAUCUUGAGGAGUUCCAUUCCAUCAUGGCUAAGUUCAAAGACAACAUGGAGUCUAGAAUCAUGGCCAAAGCCAAGCAGAAGCUGGAGAAGGAGGAGCUGGACAACCGUUUAAGCAAGCAGGAAUUCAAAGCUUACGUGGAAGCAGUGUGCUCUCUUCUACCAGGUGGUCCAGACAACUUUGAUCCACUCAUUGAUUUCCUAAUGACAAGUGUGGAAAGGUCAUACGAGGAGAGAAUCAGGGGUCAAGCAAGGAAGAAGUGGUUAGCCUCUAUCAUCCAGGCAGCUGAGACGAGCGCUGGUGGCAUGCAACCUGUCUAUAAGGGUGUCUUCAACUCACUCUACAAGGACGCUGAUCAGCAUGGUCGAGGAAAGCGCAUCAGUGCUAACAUCGGUCUGCUUGAGAGGAACGAUGUCAGUCCAGCUCGUGGCCCGACCUGUCUCCGUUACGUGGCCGCCACGCCCGACGAUGCUGGCUUCAUGCUCAAUAAGAUCUUACACAGAGAUAUGAAGGGGAUCAGUUUCUCAUCAAUAGACAGUGGCAAACCCAUCCACGUCCCUCGAGUUCAGAACCACGGUAGCAUCAUGUUCUGGAACCCUGAACGUGCUGAUGAAAAAUGGGAUGAUGAAGACUUUCGGCCAUCUGUCCUUGAGGAGAAAUACAAGAAGAUAUCCAUAGAUGAUUAUGACCCUGCCAGAGACCGCCAAGGAUCGUUCCUGGUGAUACCGCUCAAGGACUUCAGGAAGCGUGUGUUUGGUUUGAUGGGGAUUGAUACCUUGAAUGACCCUCAUGAUAAGAGUAUCUUCAUCACCCAUGAAAUCAGCUUCUUCCAGGGUGUGGCCAAAUCCUUCUCGACAGCCUACCAGUACGUAGAAGUGAGACGCAAGACGCUGCGCAUCGCAGAGAGUGCCGUCUCGUGGAUCCACAGACGCAGUCCUCAUGUCCAGGAGAUCAAUGUCUUCCUGGUUGAACCAGAUGAUAAGAUUGAUGACUUUGUGCUGCGUAGGAUGAUAACUACGGAUAAGAAAGGAACUAUCACUGUUCAUGAACGUCCCUCACGCUUGGAGCGCAAAGAAAACCUCUUCAGGGAUUACCUGUUCAAGACCGUGGACAACUCUGAGACGGUGACGGCCGAUGCUUACGGUCAGCGCCAUCUUGCCUUCCCUUUGCGAGACGUGGACGGGCGCUGUUUGGCUCUGGUUGAUCUGAGUAUUGGUGACCUGAAGCAACUCCCAGGUCAUGAGAACAAGGAGGUCCAGAGGAUGCUCAAACUCCUGCAGGCUGCUCACAAGGAAGUGUCCCAGGAGUCUACAGGAGGCGACAGGAAGAUUGUACUGGAGGCGGAGAAGGGGAGCGAGGAAUCGCGUAUCGACAUCAUGUUUGACCGUAUCAUGCUGACCGACCUGCGUAACACGGUCAGCAAGCUCAACGCUCAGGCCUUUGCUGAGCUCAAGAGCUACAAGGAUCCUCCUAAGGUCAUUCAUAGCAUUCUGGUCUCUGUCCUUGCUCUCUUCUAUAGAGACAAGUAUGAGGAAGGUGAGCUGGAUGCAUGGAAUACUUGUAAGCAGUUUGUUGGUCCUGAGCUGAUCAAGAAGAUCGAGGAGUUUGAUCCCACGGCUCAACACAUUCCUGGAAUCGUUGAAAUGAUUUCUAAGCAUCUUAAAGAUGUGCCCCAUGGUGCAGUAGCAAAGCAUGGGUCGCUGCCGGCCCAGAAUCUCUACAACUGGGCCUUUGUGUGUCUCUCCCUCCUGGAGCACACCAGCAAGAUGACCAAGAACAAACCACCUGGUAUGCCUGCACCCCCUGGUACAGCAGCCUCGGGGGAGGUCCGCACCAUCGAGCAGUAGAUCUUACGUCUGCUUAUGACGUAUACGCAAAGCUCAGCCAACUAUUAUGAGGAAAUAUGUAAUGAAACUUGACAAUAGUAUAGAAUGGAUUGGAUCUGUCUUAUGGCCAUAUUAGUGAUUGCGGGAGUUUGGCAGCUUUUGUUACUCAGAGAGAGAAAAAGAAUAUUUUGAAAAAUUAUAAGUCUUUAUUGAGAACAUUUUGAUCAAAUCCAUGAUUUUUACAUUUCAAGCAGUGAGGUAGCCUUAUAUACCCAUUCAAAGGGAAAACUUUUUUUUUUAAAUUGGAAAUUAUGACAAAAAAGUUUUCUAGUUACAAGAAAUGUUGGAGAAAAUUGGCAAUAAUGAAAAUUAACAACUACAGGUACAUGGAGGGGUAAAAUUUUCAGAAACUUGGUUUGGGUCGGCUGUAGAACAAAAGCAGUCAGUGAAAAAACUCAAGUAGGUUUCUAGACCUUCAAAAACAGGAAGUCCUUUGCAUAUGAUAUCAAAAUAUUUUUCACUACAUAUUUGCAGGACUAACUUAAAUAUGAAUUUGGUUACAGUCCUGCUUAAUCUUUUUUUAAUAAAGAGAUCAGUUCAGUCAAUAUAGAAUGGAACAGGGUAUCCUGUAAAUACUUUAGUAUUUUCAUUUUUUUGUUGAAAGUAUAUUAUAAAGACAUCACUACUGAAAUCCUUUUAUGCUCUAUUGUACUAAUUCUGUACUUUUUGUAUUAUUUAUGCAUGAUCUAGUACAGACUUGCAUAAUUACAUUUAUUUGGAAGUUGAUGAGCGUAUAUAUAUACCUUUCUCAUGAAGUGAGUAUAUAACAAGUGUGAAUAUCCCAUACAAUCAGAAAGAAGAAAGAGAAGAAGAAUAAGAGAAACAAACUUAUGUGAACGGGAAUUCUUUCUAGUUCUGGAAUGUUUCUGAAAUUAUAGCUUCCAGCUACCGGUACUUAUCUUUAUCCAUCGAAACUGUAGCUGUAUUUAUUCCUUUUCACGACACCACCACUGCCGUUUUGUUUAUUGUGCAUUUUAUUUUAUUUCUGUUCUUCCAGUCACUUCAAUUAUAUUUCUUAGGUGCUCUUAUUUCUGAACCACCAUUAAAACAUUUGAAUACCUACCAAGUGUUUACUUUUUAAAUCAAAUGUAUAUAGGAAUGGAGAAGAAAUAUUGUUUGUAGAUUGACAUGGUCAUGUUUUCUGUAAUAUUAUUUACGAGCUCUGUAUAGCCAGCAAAGUGAGUACGAGACGUUUAUUUGAAACUAGUAUUUGGGUGAAUUUCCUGAUGCUGCCCUCAAACUCUGCUUCCUUCAUGAUUCUGCUGAUGUAUUAUUCAAUGUAUGUACCUGUGUUUUCAUUACUUAAACUACCAUUUCCUCUGUAAGGGAUGGAUACUGCACUGCUUACGUCACUUAGCUUAAGAUUUUGAAGCAUUUCACUGCAAUCUUGUAGAACAGACAUGUUUGAGAUCUAAGGUAUGUGGUCUAUUAACGUAGAAAUAUUUAAUACUACAUAAGAGCACUUGUAUGAGAGCCCAGGUGCAAUGAGAAUUCAAGUUUUCCUUCUUUAUUACUUGUUUUAGAAUACAUAAAUUAUUAACCUGGUUCCUAUCCAUAUAUUAUGACUAAAAAGUUUUGUUUUGUAUCAAAUCUGUAUAUAUUGUAUAGAAAUAAUAUGCUCUGUAUGAGAAUUACUUAUUAUAACCAAUUCAAUAGAGCCGUCCAUACUAUACCGUCCUUCCAUAAAAUGUAUCGUCGGUUUGGAGCCAGAAAGGGCAUUAUUAUUAACUUAUAUAUUUAAACACAGAGUUACAUGUAAUGCCCUUCUGGCCUUGAACAGACGGUAUCUAUUGUAAUAUACUAUCUAUAUAAGCUAUAUGAAUCAAACUUUGAUAUUUUAAGGAUGUUUAUUUAGGAUGUUUAUUUGUGAUCAUGAUUUGUGAUCAGGCAGCUAUCCUUAAACAUUUCUUUGUCAGUGAAUGUAAAUUAAACUUUCUUUCAGGCUAUACAUUUUUCUUUACAAAAUGUUGUAUACUUAUGUAUGUAAAUUUGUAUAUAAACCGUGUACAUUUACUAAUUCUAGAAUGAACUUUAUUGUACAAAGCUCAUGUAAUGGGGUGAAUUAUAUUAAAGGUUUAAAAGUAUAUAUUUGUACAAUAUUUAAUCUAUUGUAUAUUGAAUAAAUCGAUUGCAUUUCCACCUA